GAGCGAGACGUGUUGACAUCAUCCAAAACAUUUCCCACAACAGUCAGGAAAGAAAAUGAGUCUUCCAGACUCCAGAUCACCGGGCAAACAGUCUUCUCCGGGGCUACAGAGUUGUUCUGUAGUGCAGCUGAAUGUGGGUGGUCAUGUGUUCACCACAUCUCUGUCUACGCUGCGUAAACACCCUGACUCCCAGCUGGCCUUCAUGUUCAGUAGUGGUCAGCAAUCCAAACUGCCCACCGACGCCAAGGGACGCUACUUCAUCGACCGCGACGGGACGCACUUCGGAGCCAUUCUUCAGUUCCUACGCACCCAGCGCCUGCCCACAGAGAGUGUUCUGGAGGUUUACCAGGAGGCUCUCCACUAUGACGUCAGAACCCUGGUGAAGCAGCUGCAGGACUCAGCCCAGCUGUUUGGAGAAACAGUAGGGAGGCAGCAGUUCAUCUCCAGGGUCCCCAACUAUUUGGAGAACCUGGAGGUGUUGGUGAGAGUGGCCCGAGCAGAAGCCAUCGCAGCCCGUCACUCUGCUGUCAUCGUUUGUGUUCUGAGGACCGAGGAGGACCUGGGUCGCUAUGACCAUGCUGUCAACAACCUGGAGGAACAGGAAGUGGUGCGAUUCGGACCGUGGAAGGCCCCUCCGACUGCCAUUGACCUGUUGGACUGCAUCAAGAUGGAUGUAGAGGCCAGGGGAUACAAAGUGAGAUACGAGCCUCACAGCUCAGACCGAGGCUUUUUGUUCAAGACCAAUGAUGGCUUCCUGUACAAACUCAUCUUCACUUGGUGGUAACAGAAUGACAAGUGUGUGGUGUAGAACAUCUAUGGCGGCCUUCUGAUUCUCUACCCUUCUCCAGAAGUGUGCACUCCCCCUCAUGCAUUUAAAACCAUUUGAUUUGUGUUAACAAGUCUGGAAGGUCUUUCCACCAUAUUUAUUAAAGCAGUCCGUUCCUUUUAAAUCCACGAGGGGACUGUAUUAGUGCUCACUUCACCCUUCACGUUCCCAGACAGAGACAUGCACAGAGAUCCUAUUAUAUUAGAAUCUAUUUAGAAAACAUAUUUAUUUGGACAGUGAAGCUAAAACGUUUAAUUGGGAUCUAUACUCAAGCAUUUGGAUUAGAGAGCAAAUGUUUCAUAUGAGGCGACAGUACAGACUGUCACCUUUUUAUUUGAGGGUAUUUUCAUACAUAUUUACUGUUUUAUGUAUCUAAUGUAUCCCCCCCCCCCAUUUGAAGGUGUGUAACACUGGUUACCCCUAUCAACCCCGAUCAGCAUGUCAAACCAAAAACUGUUUUUUCAAAAUGUUUGCUAAUUUAUAAUACAAAAAAACUUCAGCAAUAUCACAUUUACAUAAGUAUUCUGACCCUUUACUCAGUACUUUGUUGAAGCACCUUUGGCAGCAAUUACAGCCUUGAGUCUUAUUGUGUAUGACUCUACAAGCUUGGCGCACCUGUAUUUGGGGAGUUUUUCUCAUUCUUCUCUGCAGAUGCUCUCAAGCUCUGUCAGGUUGGAUGGGGACUGUUGCUGCACAUCCAGAGAUGUUCAAGUCCAGGCUCUGGCUGGGCCACUCAAGGACAUUCAGAGACUUGUCCCGAAGCCACUCCUGCGUUGUCUUGGCUGUGUGCUUAGGAUCGUUGUCCUGGUGAAUAUUCACCCCAGUCGGAUGUCCUGAAUACUCUGGAGCAGGUUUUCAUCAAGGAUCUCUCUCUACUUUGCUUCGUUCAUCUUUACCUUGAUCAUGACCAGUCUCCCAGUCCCUGACGUUGUAAAAACCCUCCACAGCAUGAUGCUGCCACCACCAUGCUUCACCCUAGGGAUGGUCCCAGUUUCCUCCAGAUGUGAUGCUUGACAUUUAGGCCAAAGAGCUCAAUCUAGAUUUCAUCAGACCAGAGAAUCUUGUUUCUCAUGGUCUGAGAGUCUUUAGGUGCCUUUUGGCAAGCUCCAAGAGGGCUGUCAUGUGCCUUUUACUGAGGAAUGGCUUCCGUCAGGGUACUCUACCAUAAAGGCCUGAUUGGUGGAGUGCUGCAUAGAUGGUUGUCCUUCUGGAAUGUUCUCCCGUCUCUCUUCACCUCUCUGACCAAGGCCCUUGUCCCCGAUUGCUCAGGUUUGCCAGGUGGCCAGCUCUAGGAAGAGUCUUGGUUGUUCCAGACUUCUUCCAUUUAAUAAUGAUGGAGGCCACUGUGUUCUCGGAGCUUCAAUGCUGCAGACAUUUCUUGGUAUCCUUUCUCAGAUCUGUGCCUCGACACAAUCAUGUCUCGGGGCUCUACGGACAAUUCCUUUGACCUCAUGGCAUGGUUUUUGCUCUGACAUGCACUGUCAACUGUGUGACCUUAUAUAGAUGGGUAUGUGUUUUUCCACAUGUGUCUGUCCAAUCAAUUGAAUUUACCACAGGUGGACUCCAAUCAAGUUGAAUAAACAUCUCAAGGAUGACCAAUGGAAACAGGAUGCACUAAUUUCGAGUCUCAUAGCAAAGGGUCUGAAUACUUAUGUAAAUACGUUUUUAAAUAAUUUUAUACAAUUGCUAAACAUUUCUCAACCUGUUUUCGCUUUGUCAUUAUUGGUUAUUAAGUGUUGCGGAGGAUACUUUUCUUAAAUCCAUUUUAGUCUGUAACGUAGCAAAAUUUUAAAAAGUAAAGGGAUCUGAAUACUUUCCGAAGGCACUCUAUAUUUACCCUCACAAUGAAGUGUUUACAAUUAUUUAUUUUUUUUGGGGGGGGACCACCAAGGUUACAAGUAGGACACAACAAAAUUUGACAUCAACAGUUGCUUUCCUGAGUUUAUUGACAAAUGUCAAUUAAAGUAUCAACCCGAUAAAUGUAAUUGAUAUGAACGCUGUAAGUAGUGACGGUGACAACUCAGUUGAUGUCGCAAACUCCAAACUCCACAAUCUGAGCUUAUUAUAGACAUUGUGUCCUGGGGUUUCGUAUGAUCUUCUAUGUAGAAUGAUCCCUUACCUUCUAACCAGUGGCGUAAAGUACUUGAAAGUACUACUUAAAUAGUUUUUAGGGGUAUCUCUACAUUACUAUUUAUAUUUUUGAUAACUUUUGCUUUACUACAUUCCUAAAGAAAAUGAUGUACUUUUUAUUUCAUACAUUUUCCCUGACACCCAAAUGUACUCGUUACAUUUUGAAUGCUUAGCAGGACAGGAAAAUUGCCUAAUUCACACACUUAUCAAAAGAACAUCCCUACCUACCCUGAUCUGUCAUUCUCACCAAACACAUGCUUUGUUUGUAAAUGAUGUCUAAGUGUUGGAGCAUGCCCCUCGCUAUCUGGAAAAUAAAAAAAACUGGAAAAUGA